ACGCACGUGUGGCGCGGUGGUUCAAGAAAUCCCAAACAGAAAUCCCGAAAUCAGAUUCAAGCAAACAGACAGUGCCGUCGAGAGCGAGACUCGCACGCAUCAAAAGUGUUGGGAAAGCGUGAAAACUGCUGGCAUCCGGAAAACACAAAAAAGAAAAUACAAAACAAAAAAAAUAGUUCUGAAAUUCUAGUGGAUCCCCGGUGUGUGAUAACUUCUGUGAUCUUCUAGCUGCGCUGCGUAUGGCGAGUGGCCGGCCGGCCGGCCCCAAGAAAAUUCUCCAAAUGCGUGGCGGCGACUUUUCAUGUGCUGCGGAAAACCCUCGAGUCCAGGCUGCCCAGAUGGAUGGAUCGGCGGUAUAGAGAAGCACUGGCGACGGCGUCGCUGGCGGUCAGCCACACUCAUUGCAAGUGCAACAACAGCAGUAGCAGCAGCAACAGCAACAGCAGCAGCAACACUGCAGCAUCAACACCUUCGAAACGGGUUUACCCGCGUUUUAAAACGCCCGAUCGUCUUGGGUGGGGGGAGAAGUGCGCCUUUUGAUCUAGCGCUCUGCGAUCGGAGAGAUUUCGAUUUCGAUUUCCCAGGAAGCGCAAAGGAAAAUAGCGCUCGGGAAAAACGCACAUAGCUAAAGUAAAUAAAUCAUCUUCGGCCGUUUGAAAUAACAAGAGAGAAACGUUUGAAGUGCCAAUGUGAAAAGUUAAAAAGUUUAUGCGGUCCACUAACAAGCAGGAAAAAAACACAAAAAAAUAUGUAGCUGUCUGAAACAAGCAAGUGGAAAUCAAACGAAAAGUAUUAAGCAGUCCAAAAUAAGUUACACAAAAAAAAAAAAAUAAAACAAAAUUCACGCAACUAUCAAAGCACAUAAUCUCAAAAACAAAAUCGCAUCGAAUAGAAUAUUAAACAAUUUUUAUACGGCCACUUAACAAUUUUAUAUUAAUCGAAAUCGAAAACGAAAUCAUUUUGACAAAAUAUACAAAACGUAAAUUUAAUUAUAACGCUAAAGAAAUAAAAUAAAUAUUUAAAAACGUAGAACCCUAGCAUCUAGUAAUUUAUUAACUAAAGUACUUACCACAAAAGCAUCCACAAUAUAUCACGCCAAAAAGUAGACUAUAGACAACGCAUUUAGCAAAAUCUACAAUACACCAACACAACCGCUUCGAUCAUCAAUUAUUAAACAAUAAAUCCAUAAAAAGUCCAAUAAAUCAGUAAAAUGCCAUCGUCAACGGGAGUCCUGGUGCUAAUGAUCCUCACCCAGCUGAGUUUGGGCCAGGUGCGAAACGAGGACCAGCUGCUGAUGGUGGGCCAGAACGGCGAUCUCGACACCAGCAAUCCUGCAAUUCACCACCAGCAACACCAACAGCACCAACAACAGCACCAACAACAGCACCAACAACACCAACAGCACCAGAGCAAUCACAAUCUGAACACUGGGAACACCAUGAACAGCACGAUACUGAAUACCCUGAUGGGAAGCAACGCUGGUCAGGUGGUGAACAGUGCCCCGGGUGGCGGUGGAUCCAUGAUCAACCAACUGGGCAGCAGCACCUCGAGUGUGCCCUCGAUGAUUGGAGGCGGCGUGGGGUCCGUGGGCCAUCCCUGGCACUCGGCAGUUGGACUCGGAGUUCCGGGCAACGGCAUGGGACUACCAUCGAGCCAUGGCCUCGGCGGCAACAUGGGCGGCUCCCAUCCCCAUGGACACGCUCUGGCAGGACUGGCCAAGUUGGGCAUCAUAGUGCCCGGCAGCCAAGGAUUACCUGGGAAUCUGGGAUACGGCGGCACCAUGCACACUGGCGGCGGAGUAGGAGGCGGUGCCGGAAUGGGCCUAGGAAUCGGCUCCAGCGCUAAUAACAUGGAUAUGCAGCAGGGCAUUUACAACGAACACUUUAUUUCGGAGCACACGGUGAUGGCGGUGUUCACUUCGCAGGGCCAAGUGGGUGGACCCUGCAGAUACAUGCCGGCCACGCGGCGACAGAACCACCAGUGCCGCAAAGAGACGGGACUGCCGGGAACCCUUAGCGAGGCCCGCCGCCUGGCCACCACCCACUGCGAGGAGCAGUUCCGCUACGACCGCUGGAACUGCUCGAUCGAGACGCGCGGCAAGCGGAACAUCUUCAAGAAGCUCUACAAGGAGACGGCCUUUGUCCAUGCGCUCACGGCGGCCGCCAUGACCCACUCGAUAGCCAGGGCCUGUGCCGAGGGCCGGAUGACCAAGUGCAGCUGCGGACCCAAGAAGCACAACAGGGAGGCGCAGGACUUCCAGUGGGGCGGUUGCAACGACAAUCUGAAGCACGGCAAGCGGGUGACACGCAGCUUCCUGGACUUGCGCGGCGGAGAUGGGGACGAGGUCAGCGAGAUACUACGACAUGACUCAGAGGUCGGCAUCGAAGCUGUCUCCUCGCAGAUGAUGGACAAGUGCAAGUGCCACGGCGUCUCCGGCUCCUGUUCGAUGAAAACCUGCUGGAAGAAGAUGGCCGACUUCAAUGCCACAGCCACGCUCUUGAGGCAAAAGUACAACGAGGCCAUUCGCAAGGCGCCCAACCAGCGAUCCAUGCGCCAGGUGUCCUCGAGUCGCAUGAAAAAGCCCAAGCAGCGACGCAAGAAACCCCAACAAUCGCAAUACACGACGCUGUACUAUCUGGAGACCUCGCCCUCCUACUGCGCGGUCACCAAGGAUCGGCAGUGCCUGCAUCCGGACAACUGUGGCACCCUGUGCUGUGGGCGUGGCUACACCACACAGGUGGUGAAGCAGGUGGAGAAGUGCCGCUGUCGGUUCAACAAUGGGCGGUGCUGCCAGCUCAUCUGCGACUACUGCCAGCGGCUGGAGAACAAAUACUUUUGUAAAUAGACGGGGUGCCAUCUCUCGCCGACUUUCACCGACUUUCACCGCCCCGUCUCCAUUAUCAUUAUCUACCCCCCUCUCUCUACUGUGCUCUUUGAAAAUGUAAUUUGUAAAGUUUUUUUCUACCUUUAUGGCUUGUAAUUUUUUUCCAUUCCUAACAAAUAUUACUGAAAUGAUAAGCAAAAAGAACGAAAACGAAUGCAAAACGAUAGAGAUCGAUCAGAAAGCUAAGGCUUAGCUAAUGGCCAAACUCACCAGCAAACUCACACACAUACUCAAAUGCAUCCACACACACACACAGAGUCACACAGACACACACAAGCGCAUACAUGCAUCUAUCUAUUUAAUUACUAUAUAAUAUAUAGUAAACAUUAGCUACCGUCGCAAAGAAAAAAUCUCAAAAAAAUCGCAAAACUUUAUUUAGCAAAACGGAAAAGCAACAAAAAAAACACACACACACUCACACACAAACAAGAACAGAAAAGCAGAAGCUAACAA